CUGGAAGUGGGUGUCGUGACCUCAUUCACGAUUUGCAAAUGGCGACGGCUUUUUCGCCGAUGACCCACCUUCCGAAAUAACAUUUUUGUGUUUUAUGUGAAUUGUGAUAAUAACAUCGAUAGUUUUCCAGAAUAAGAUCCAUUUAAAAAGGGCAUCAUGCCUGCUGUAAAGGGGGAUAACAUGCGGGGACUGUUGGUCUUCAUCUCAGACAUCCGCAACUGCAAAAGUAAAGAGGCUGAAAUCAAGCGCAUAAACAAGGAGCUUGCUAACAUCAGGUCAAAGUUCAAAGGUGACAAGACACUGGAUGGCUAUCACAAGAAGAAAUAUGUGUGUAAACUUCUGUUUAUCUUCCUUCUUGGCCAUGACAUCGACUUUGGAUACAUGGAGGCUGUCAAUCUUCUCAGCUCCAACCGAUACACAGAAAAACAGAUUGGAUAUUUGUUUAUUUCCGUGAUGAUUAGUGCCAAUAAUGAUCUGAUUAAGUUGGUCAUUAAGUCCAUUAAGAAUGACUUGGCCAGCCCUAAUCCUGUCCACGUCAACCUGGCUCUACAGUGCACAGCCAACAUCGGCAGUAAAGAAAUGGCCGAGGGACUGGGCAAUGAAAUCCCCAAACUCCUGGUGUCAGGGGAAACUAUUGACUCUGUGAAACAGAGUGCUGCCCUGACCCUGCUCCGACUGUUGCGGACUUCACCAGAGUACAUUCAGAUUGGGGAAUGGUCGUCCAGGGUCAUCCACUUACUCAAUGACCAGCACCUAGGGGUCGUCACGUCAGCAGCUAGUCUGAUUGAAGCUCUGGUCAAGAAGAGUCCUGAGGAGUACAAGGGAUGUGUAUCACUAGCCGUGUCUCGACUCAGCAGGAUUGUGACAGCCUCAUAUACAGAUCUUCAAGACUACACAUACUACUUUGUGCCAGCUCCCUGGUUAUCCGUCAAACUUCUACGAUUAUUACAAAAUUAUCCCCCACCAGAGGAUCCGGCCGUGAGGACAAGGUUAACAGAGUGUCUAGAAACAAUAUUAAACAAGGCUCAAGAGCCCCCCAAGUCGAAGAAGAUCCAGCAUGGGAAUGCCAAAAAUGCAGUACUUAAUGAAGCAAUUAACCUAAUUAUUCACAUGGACAGUGAUCCGAACCUUCUAGUCAGGGCCUGUAACCAACUGGGCCAAUUUCUUCAGCACAGAGAAACUAACCUUAGGUAUUUGGCUUUGGAGAGCAUGUGCUUGCUAGCAACAUCAGAGUUUUCUCACGAGGCUGUGAAGAAACAUCAAGAAACUGUAGUCAAUUCCUUAAAGACUGAAAGAGAUGUCAGUGUUCGACAGAGGGCGGUUGAUCUUCUGUAUGCCAUGUGUGACAGAACAAAUGCUGAGGAGAUUGUGGGGGAGAUGCUGGAAUAUUUAGAGACUGCUGACUACUCAAUACGGGAGGAAAUGGUGCUGAAGGUGGCCAUAUUGGCAGAGAAGUACGCAGUGGACUAUACUUGGUAUGUGGAUGUCAUACUAAACCUGAUCCGUAUCUCGGGAGAUUACGUCAGCGAAGAGGUUUGGUACCGUGUCAUACAGAUUGUGAUCAACAGAGACGAUGUACAAGGAUACGCAGCUAAAACUGUGUUUGAGGCUUUGCAGGCCCCGGCUUGUCACGAGAACAUGGUCAAAGUUGGGGGUUACAUACUGGGGGAGUUUGGCAAUCUUAUUGCAGGGGAUCCAAGAUCCAGUCCAUUGGUUCAGUUCCAGCUGCUACAUUCAAAGUACCACUUAUGUGGACCUGCCACACGAGGCUUGAUUCUGUCCACAUACAUCAAAUUUGUUAACCUUUUUCCUGAGAUUAAAUCAACCAUCCAAGAUGUUUUGAAAAGUGACAAUAACUUGCGCAACUCGGAUGUAGAACUACAACAGAGAAGUGUAGAAUAUCUACAGCUAAGCACCGUGGCAUCCACUGACGUUCUGGCAACUGUUUUGGAAGAAAUGCCGCCAUUCCCAGAGAGAGAAUCAUCAAUUUUGGCCAAACUGAAGAAGAAAAAACCAACCGUGACGGAACAGACAGAGAACAAAGAACCAAAGCAACCAAUGCCUCAGGCACAGAUGAGCAACAGUGCCAGUACCCACACACCACAAGCUCCUGUACAGCUUGCUGCAGUUUCAAACCCCAGUCCUGCUUCAGAUGACCUUCUGGGUCUGAAUUCACCAGCCCCUACACAGACUGGACCCUCAGCAGGAAGUUUCUUGUUGGAUGUUUUUGAUACUGUUGGUUCAAGCCCAAGCCCAUCCACCAAUGGAGUGGAUGCUAAUGGUCUGACAGCUGGAGCAGAGGACAGCUUUAGAAAAUUUAUUUGUAAAAAUAAUGGGGUAUUAUUUGAAAAUGACCUUCUACAAAUUGGAGUUAAAUCGGAAUAUCGUCAGAAUUUAGGAAGACUUGGAAUAUUCUAUGGCAACAAAACCUCAUACCAAUUCAGUGGAUUCGGUGUGGAUACACAGUGCCCUGGAGAUUUGGGAUCUCAGAUCACCUGCACACCCAAGCCUGUAGGGACGACGAUCGCCAGCGGUGCUCAGGUACAGCAGGUAAUCAACAUUGAGAGUAUCACGGAGUUUGCUGAUGCCCCCCUCCUCAUCAUCACUUUCAUGUAUAACGGUAACUCUCAGAGACUGAAUCUAAAGCUUCCGGUCAUGUUUAACAAAUUCUCUGAGGCGGUGGAAAUGGACUCGGGCACGUUCUUCACCAGAUGGAAGUCUCUGUCACAGCCUGAUCAAGAAUGCCAGAAAGUGUUUAAAGCUAACUCUCCAAUAGAUAUUGAACAGAACAAGACUAAAUUGUUAGGAUUUGGAGUGAGUAUCUUGGAAGGAAUAGAUCCUAACCCUGAAAACUACGUGGCUGCUGGAAUCAUUCAUACCAAGUCAACUCAGAUUGGCUGUCUUAUUCGACUAGAACCUAAUAAAAAUGCACAGAUGUAUAGGCUAACAAUACGUGCCAGCAAAGCUCCAGUACCCAAUAUUCUAGCCGACUUACUGGAACAGCAAUUCUAGUGCAUACUCAAAGGAUAGGACAGUUAAACAUGUGAUAGAUAACAUUACAGAGGAAAUAAUUUCUACAGGAGAAUGACAGAGAGAGAGAGAGUGAGUGGGAGGGGGGAUGGAGAAUCGUUUGAAGGCUGUUGUACAUUGCUUGUGUGUUUAGUGUUUGGAGUUAUGUUAGAGUAGACGCGGUUUAGAGAUCCAUGGUGGUCUUCUCUUAAGCGAUGUAUCCAUAUUUUGCAUCAGUUAUGUGAAGAUUUUCGGUAUGGUGAUUAAGAAGUAUCAAGGGUUGUGUAUUUUAAAUUUUAAAAAUGAACUAUCACAGUUAGAGCAUUAAAUGUGUGCUUUUGAAAGAAAAGGCAAAUGAAGAGGUGGGUUUUGUAUCCUCAUUCAUCAUCUCUGCAUAGAAUCCUAGGCUUCGGUCAUACCUUUCAUUUUUUGAAUGUUAAUGUAUUAGAAUUCGCUUUUUCCAUUGCAGGGACAUAUUUAUGGGCAUUGAAUCCAUAAAAUGUGAUAAAAUUCCAUUUGUGUGCAAAUUUUAUUGAUAUCAGUAGGAAAGUUCUCCAAGAACUCGGGAGUGAAUUGCUGGCUUUGUAUGUGAACACCAAGUUCUAAGUGAUCUAGCUUGGUAUGUGAAGUUAUAGGUGACUGGGCUGCUCCGUAGAUCGCCUAGGUCAUUUGUGCAGUGUUCGGAGUAUUAUACAUUCCAUUUGAUAUGUUAAUCUCAACAAAAAUUAAUAGUGGAGAACAUUCUUAAUAGAUUUUUGUAUGAGGAAAAACAAAAGGCCGUAUAAAAAAUUGUACCAGCACAAUAUUCACAGAUGAUGCAUUCUGAAUUUAUGUAUUGGGAGUGCUACUAUAAUUUGCUAUGGCAGAGGCUAAUGAUUAUUCAAGAAUUUUCAGUAUGCAAGUGUUUGAGUGUAACUGUGUGUAUCUUUUUUAAUCUUUCAAUCUUGUAACAAGUACAUUUAAGCAGCAAAAGAACAACUUAUAUUAGCUGCAAAAAAUGGGAAAUGCCUCAUGUUUGUACAAAUAUCUAAGCAGUCAAUUUUAAGAAUAAAUCAAAACCUAUUGAAUAUUGGAAGUGCUAAGAUUAUUUUCUAUAUACAUGUGUCUUGUGUGCCAUGGGGGAACGCAGAUCUUCUUAAGAUAUCAAUUGAUAUUUUUUCAAGGUUAACUUGCAGUAGAAUACUCAAAAGUCUCACAAUCGGGUCACGAACAAUCAAUACUAAGGAGGCUGUUUAUAAAUAGCAACAGUAAAACAUAGCGGCAUUGGAGACAUUCAUUUGAGGCUUGUUGAUGCUGAACAUUUUAUGUUAUCAAAUAAUGCUGAAUGUAGCAAAAGAAGCGAGAUAUGAAUACAAAAAGUAGACUCAAUAUGUGAGCAUGCUAGCCCUUCAUUUUGUGGAGUAGUAUUGAAAAAAGAUGCGUAUUUUCAGUGACAAAAUGACAGCAAACUGCAUGCCAUGAAGAGAGUGUACCCAAUUUGAUGGAGCGCAAAUUAUAGUGAGCCUAAAGUCUCAAGUGAUAAUUCCAUGGAGAUGAUCUUCAUUCAGUUUUAUACCAGGGCUAGAUGCUUGCAGAUUCUUUGAUUUCCAUACAGUUGAAUGGGGGGUAUUCAAAUAUGGCGGAAACAUACAUGUAUAUUUAAUGGUGAUGAUUGUUGACAUCACUUAGAAUGUUGUGUACAAAGAUAAACCCAUGUGCAAUAAACAGUAGCGAAGUUCGUAACUUAAAAAUGUAUAAUUGUUUUUCAUGUGAGGAGAAAUGUCUUUGAAUUCAAAAUAUGAAUGGUAGAUACUAGAUGUAGAAAUAAAAUAAAAUGUUCUGAAAGGCUAGAUUUUGUCUUGGGUACUGUUUGCAGGUACUCUUUCCGAGACUGUAAGAUUUGGAGCAAGUCACAUGAGUAGUAGUAGGGAUGUUUUUGACGAUCUACAGUAUAGAACUGCAGCUUUUGAUUUAUUGAUCUUGAACUAGUUGAAUAGGGAAUUAUUUAUAUAGAGACCAUUUCCUCCCUGUGUAUAUUGUAUAUUUAUAUAUCAUUAUGAUAAUAUCGAACAUCAUUAUAAACAACUCAUUAAAGUGGUAAAAAUGU